UCACUCGCCCUCGGUGACUGCCGAGUUCGGAUUAGUCAAUGUUCGACCGGCAGAGCGUUACAGCAUGGUAUUCGCGUUCCCGUAACGGUAUUUCCACUUUGCAGGAAACCGUGCAAAUAAAGCGUCUUCCUGUAGACUGAUGCCUGACUUAUACGUUUGUGAGACCUACUUUUUCGCGAUAGUGACGUAUCUUGUUUACAAUGAUAAGCACAAUACACCACGUGGUAUGAAUUUCGUGUUCGACUCACCUUGAAGACUUCAACUACUCAGUUAUGCUGCUUGUACUGUUUGAACAGCGUUGAACAGUGAAACGUAGGCAGUAUUUUCAGUUUGUGUGUUUGCAAUUAAAGACUGGGUGUUAAGUUAAUUCUAGAAUUUCGUAACGAUGUUGAAAACUUUUCAGUGUGUUGUUGAAAACGUUCACUACAAGAGUAAGGAGGCUGUAAUUGACAACUUUGUAUCUAAGCUCUAUUACCGAGCGAGCUUUGCUAUUCUCUUAACAUCCACCAUCUUGGUCUGCAGCCGUCAAUACGUCGGUGAACAUAUCCGCUGUGUAGCUGACCACAGGUUGCCAAUUCAUGUAAUAAACACCUAUUGCUUCUUCACAACGACCUUCACAGUCGUAAAACAUGCUAAUCAAUCCGCGCUUCACAGCGGAGUUGUGCCACAUCUGGGUGUCGGUCCGUAUGUCGAGAAUGAAGAUGCUGUCAAAUAUCACGCCUUUUACCAGUGGGUUCCUUUUAUGCUGUUCUUGCAGGCGUUAAUGUUUUAUGCCCCUCAUUAUUAUUGGAGAAAUCGGGAAGGAGGACGAAUGAAGGCGUUGGUGAAAGGAUUACAGCACGCGUACUUAAGCCUGAACAUAGAGGAUAUGAAGUUAGAAUGUGGUGUUACAAUACCGUCAAAAAAGAAUGCAAGGCGAAAGAUUAUAUUGAUCAGAGAUGCAUUCGUCCAGAGAAAGGAUAUCAACAAGUCUUGGACGACAGAUUUUGUCAUUUCCGAGGUCAUAAAUGCCGCCAACCUCGUGGUACAGAUCUACAUAACGGAUGUAUUCCUUGGAGGGACUUUCCUGAAUUUGGGACGUGAUGUUCUUAGGGCUGAUGGUACCAGCGAAGAGAGCCCUUUGGAUUUAGUGUUCCCAAAGGUGACGAAAUGUAACUUCAGGAAAUAUGGUCCUUCAGGUUCACUGCAGUUGCACGAUGCCUUGUGUGUGAUGGCACUAAAUGUUGUAAAUGAGAAGAUAUACGUAUUCCUCUGGUUCUGGUUUGUCGUUCUCUGUGUUUUAACGUUGGCAGCCCUGCUGUGGAGGCUUCUGACUGUGAUCCUUCAUGCACGAUGUCUACUAUUCAACAGGAUCGUGUUUGGCUUUGCAAAUCCUCAGGUCCUUGACCUAUGGAGUCUCGUCACGGUCACUAAAGAAUGCCACUUCUCAGACUGGCUGUUUCUGUACUACCUAGCUAAGAAUCUGGACGGGUUUGUGUUCCGGGAACUGUUCCUUAGUGCUGCUGUGGAGAUCAGUGAUGUUCCGCCAGAGACUUACCAUUACGCUAGCGAUGACGACGACGAAGAGGAAGCAGGGCAAGAGAACGCGGUCCAAGCGACGUAACAGCGUCAUUCAUUGUUGCUAUGGAAACUGCUUACAGUGGCAUUGUUGUUUUUCUUGGUAGGUUCAGGAAGAUCUAGCUACUGGAUGGCUCCAGUCUACACGGGUGAAUCACGGAAGGCUACAAUUGAUUAAGCUUACUGGAGAUAAGGACUUUUGAGUGAAGAAAAUAAUUAGAAUAUAGCAUUGCUAUAAAAUUGUUAACUGUGUGUUUUUACCUUUGUACACAGUAGUGUAUGUGGAUAUUAAUUUCGGGGUGUUUCUUUAAAAUAACUUCUUCCUUUCGCUGAAAUGUCUUGACUUAAUCAAACAAUUCUGACGGUAUUUAACUUGGAAAACAGACUGCAGUCGACCUCUUGUAAUUUGGCACGUAUACAAAUAAGUUAACUUCGAAUGGGUUUGCCUAUAGGAAUUUGCCCUGCAGUUGUGAAAUUGAUCCAGAAUGAAUUCGAUCUGGUGUAGUGUCCGAAUGAAACAGGAAAGGAUGCGAAAGUAACUCAACUCUUGCAAGGAUGAGAAUGGAUUUUGCAGUAUAUUUGUAGCAUUGAAUGACUUAAUAUGUCAUUUUUGUUCAGUAAGCGAAACCAAGUUGUUCAUUGUUUAUAAUUAACACAUUUAUCAGGCUUGAUUCUUUUUAGUUCGAGAAAUUUAAGAGAUAACAUAAUUUGCGUACAGAAAUUAGACGCUGAGCCUUAAGUAAUUCUUGUAAAUUAUGUCUAAGUAUUAAUUUGUUAUUUGGAGCGAUUCAGUAGACAUGAUAAAAUAUUUUAUUGUAGUAAGUUCCUAUAUAAUAUCAAAGACUGAUGCAAAUUAUUGUAGGUAGGUUUGUAUAUAUUAAUAACCAGUUCUUUCUGUUCUGAGCCGACGAUAGUGUUAGUUCGCCACCGGAAUCACUUUGUUCUGUCUGGUAGGUAUUGACCGAAGUUUCGGAAAUGCUUGCUGAUUCCAUCAUCAGGGCGAUAAGUAAAUAAGACCGCAUAGCGUAACGCCCCAGAAGACAGCCUUCUUCAUGCUCGUCUCCCUGAGAACACAAAUCUCCUCUAAUUUUAACAGAGUGCCUUCCACUCCCCUCACCAAUUCACUUGGACCUUGGCUGUUCUAUCGUUGCAUUAUGCAGAUCUGUGAACGAUGGUCUCUAACUGUGAUAGUCUGUUUUUACCACAGUAUUGUCUUGUUACAAGUGAUAACUUAAAAUAGUCCGAAUUCACAGUAUUUAUUCUAUAAGUAAUUUUGUAAUAGUUUGUAAGUCUGACUUAAUUCAAGUCGGAUACGAACAACUUUUAUUCUAGAUUGGUAUUAUGUGUAGCAAUAAUUUGAAGAAAGAACACUGCACUGUUCAAAAGAAUAUAAAUAUUAUGUAUAUGCUGCGAAAAAUGUUAUUGCACCAAUGAACUGUAAGAUAGUCAAAUUGACUUUCACACGAAGAAUUUUAAUAAAAAUUUAUUUCUGUUACCGCUUAA